UACUCUUAUAAAUAUCAGUCACUGCCCACAAAUGGCUUCCUCCAUCAGAGUCGCCUCCACUUCCUUCACUCUCCUUGCUUCGACGUCAUCGCCCGCUUCUUGCUACUGCCGCUCCCGCUGCUUGACUUUCACAAAGUUCCGAUUUGGUCCAAUUUGGGAUAUUUCCUUUGCGGUAACAUCCAGGCGAGCAAGGCGUAUGGCUCACUCCAUUGCUCGGGCCACCCUUGGCCUUACCCAGCCAAACACUAUCGAUCAGCCCAAGAUCUUAUUUGCUGCAAAAGAGAUUGAUUUGGCGGAGUGGAAAGGAGACAUACUUGCUGUGGGAGUCACAGAAAAGGACCUGACUAAAGAUGACAAUUCAAAGUUCCAAAAUUCAAUCCUGCAGAAACUAGAUGCAAAGUUGAGUGGUUUGUUGUCUGAAGCUUCAUCCGAGGAGGACUUUACGGGAAAGGCUGGACAGUCAACCUUUCUCAGGGUUCCUGGUCUCGGUUCAAAAAGGAUUGGAUUAAUUGGGCUUGGAGCAUCAGCAUCAGGACCUUCAACUUUUCGCACUCUAGGGGAGGCUGUUGCUGCAGCUGCCAAGUCUGCACAGGCUAGUAAGAUUGCCAUUACGCUUGCUUCUUCGGAAGAAAUCCCAGAAGAAUUUAAGCCAACUGCUGCUUCAGCAAUUGCAUCUGGAGCUAUAAUUGGGACAUUUGAUGAUAAUAGGUUCAAGUCAGAAUCAAAGAAACCCACUCUUGAAUCAGUGGACAUUGUUGGCCUGGGUAGUGGAUCUGAGCUAGAGAAAAAACUCAAGUAUGCAGAAAAUCUUUGUUCUGGUGUCAUCUUUGGGAGAGAGCUUGUAAAUGCUCCUGCUAAUGUGCUUACACCAGGAGUACUAGCUGAAGAAGCCAAAAGGAUUGCCUCCGAAUAUAGUGAUGUUUUUACUGCCAAAAUAUUGGAUUUAGAACAUUGCAAGGAAUUGAAAAUGGGUUCUUAUCUAGCUGUUGCUGCAGCAUCAGCAAACCCUCCACAUUUCAUACAUUUAUGUUACAAGCCUUCUGGUGAAGUCAAAACCAAGUUGGCCUUAGUUGGAAAAGGUUUGACUUUUGACAGUGGUGGCUACAAUAUCAAGACAGGACCAGGCUGUAUGAUUGAACUGAUGAAAUUUGAUAUGGGGGGCUCAGCUGCAGUGCUUGGUGCAGCAAAAGCUCUUGGCCGAAUCAAGCCUGCCGGUGUAGAGGUUCACUUCAUUGUUGCAGCAUGUGAAAAUAUGAUAAGUGGGACAGGCAUGAGACCUGGAGAUAUUGUCACAGCUUCAAAUGGAAAGACUAUUGAGGUAAACAAUACUGAUGCUGAGGGAAGACUCACACUUGCUGAUGCCCUGGUAUAUGCUUGUAAGCAAGGUGUUUCAAAGAUAGUGGAUCUGGCUACACUGACUGGGGCAUGCAUAGUCGCUCUUGGGCCCUCUGUUGCUGGUGUUUUUUCUCCUAGCGAUGACUUGGCAAAAGAAGUGUUCGCAGCCUCUGAGGUCAGUGGGGAAAAGUUCUGGAGGCUGCCUAUGGAGGAAAGUUAUUGGGAGUCCAUGAAGUCAGGAGUUGCUGAUAUGGUGAAUACAGGUGGUCGUCAAGGCGGAUCAAUAACUGCAGCUCUAUUUUUGAAGCAGUUUGUGGAUGAGAAGGUGCAGUGGUUGCACAUUGACAUGGCUGGCCCCGUCUGGAGUGAUAAGAAGAGAAGUGCGACAGGGUUUGGGGUUGCUACAAUGGUGGAAUGGGUGCUGAAGAACUCAUCUUGAUCACAGUUUGCCUGCAAGUGAGAUGGUAUGCAUCGUUGCCCAAAAAGCAAAUUAUUUAUUUUGAACUUUGGCUGGUUAAUUUGGGAAGGAAGUUGAUUGGGAAAGAUCAAAAGACAGAUGAGACCAAUGGUUAAAUUAUUUCUCUGUGUAUCUUUUUUUACAGCAAUAACAAGACUGUCCUUUUUAACCUUUUUGUAAUGUUAAAACUCCCAUGAUGUA